AUGGCCGAGUCAGACGCCUUGAUUGAGGUCACAGUCAAGACUCUUGACUCCCAAAGCAGGAGCUACAAAGUCCGAGGCAUGUUGACUGUGAAAGAGUUCAAGGAACACAUAGCCGCGUCUGUGGAGAUUCCUGUAGAUAAACAAAGGCUGAUCUACCAGGGCAGAGUUCUGCAAGAUGACAGGACAUUGACUGAGUACAAUGUUGAUGGAAAGGUGAUCCACCUGGUUGAGCGAGCUCCUCCCCAGGCCACAAUGUCUAAUUCUGGGGUUGGAGGAGUCUCAUCAGGGGGCACAGAUGGGGGACCCAGUACCAACCAACCCUCCACCUCUUCCCAGGGAAUCCCACAUGACCGCAAUGGCAAUAGUUAUGUGAUGCUGGGGACCUUCAACCUCCCUGUCAACAUAAUGGAUCCUCAGCAAAUACAGAUGUCAGUUCAGCAGAUGAUGGCUGGAGUUGGAGAAGCAGGGAGGAAUACCAGGGUCAGCACCAGUGCUGGGACCAAUGGCUCUGUGGAUGUGCAUAUCAACAUGGAUCAGUCACUUCAGAGUGAGCCUCGGAUGAGGUUGCAGUUGGCUGAAAACUUACUUAGAGAUAUGCAAUCUUUAAUUCAUAGGCUUGAGGGUCAGUCCAGUGACAGUGUCUCCCAACCGGAGCCCGAGGCAUCUCUUCCCUUCUCCUCCUCCUCCUCCUCCUCUCUGUCAUUUUUGUCCUCCACUACAGAAGCUAUACCUUCACAGGCCAUGGACACCACCCCUGUAGCCCCACUACCUCCUGCUUCCUCAUCCUCUACUUCCUCCACCCAAACUGAGGGACCACCCCAAUCUGGACACAAUCACUCAAGUCCCACCGAGUUUGCGGAUGUUCUCUCUGAGGUGAGAAGGGUGGAGGAGAGAUUGCGUCCUUUCAUUGAGAGAACCCAUUCAAUCCUUGGUGCAGCCACCUCAGCAGACUACAACAACAAUACUCAGGAAAGGGAGGAGGACCAGCGCAUUCUCAACCUGGUCGGAGAGGCUCUCCGUCUCCUCGGCAACACUUUAGUUUCUCUCGGUGAUCUGCGUUGUAACUUAGCCACGACUCCUCCCCGCCAUCUCUCUGUGGUUCGACCACUGGCCCACUACACGUCCCCUGUACUUAUGCAGACAGGCCUGCCGCACAUGCCCAUCCCAAUCAAUAUAGGAACCACAGUGACCAUGACAUCUAAUGGUAGAGCUGUAGCUGAGGCUCAAUUCCAGCCUUCUCAAACCACUGGCCAGUCAGAUCAACAGGGCCAUGGCCAAGUUCCAGCUCCUCAGCCAAAUGGAAUUAUUCAACAGUCAGGGCAAGCGCAGGGAGGUCCCCGAGUGAUCAGAAUCACUCACCAAACCAUGGAACCUGUUGUCAUGAUGCAAAUGAAUAUCGAUGGGGAGUCAGCCAGUGGUCCUCAGAUCCAAGGUCAGCCAAAUGCUGCAGGUCCUGGAGAGCCUGGGACGACACCCAUUCACAUCCCAGGGCUUCCUCCUGAGUUCAUGCAGGCCAUCGUCCACCAGAUCUCCAAUCAGGCUGCUGCCAUGGCUGCUGCAGCCUCAGCUGGCCAAGUAGGCCAGAUGCCAUCCAGCUUUGGCUCAACUCCCAAUGCUGAAGGGACUGCUCCUGCUCAACCCCCUCAGCCUGCGCAGGCCAGGGUUGUCAUUACCCGACCUUCUUUCUCCCCUCAUAUCCCCCAGCCUGUUGGAACCAGGGGAACCACCAUAAAUCUUGGAGUAGCUGCACCCCCUACCGUAGGGCAGCAAACAGGACAGAGUGUACCACUGACCGCCCCCCCGCUCACCCAGGUCAUCAGUGGUCUAGUUGGACAGCUCCUGAUGCCAGGGCAGUCAGGUGAUUCAGUUUCUACACCCUCUCCAGCCAGCUCCCAUCCCCCCUCGACCUCCUCUUCUUCUGAUUCCUCUGGUUCCACUCUCCCUUCUCACACUUCAUCAGCCAACACUUCUGGACAGACAUCAACUCCAGUGGGACAGCCACCAGAGGGAGAUCCAGAAGGAAAUUUGGCCCAAUUUCUUAGCUCUCUGUUGGGAGGAGGGGCUGGGCCAGGUGGUCUUGGGUCUGGAUCAGCACCCGCUAUCACUGUGACAGUACCUGGGGUGCCUGGCUUCUUUCAGGGCAUAUCAGACUUCAUACAGCAACCUUCACCAGCCCCUGGUACCCCAAGUCCCCCCCUUCAAUCCCGCGGCCCUCCCCCUCCUCAGGCUCCCAGUGGUGGUGGAGACACCCUGAGCCCAGAGCUGUUCACAGGCAUUGUCCAGGGAGUACUUUCCACCAUGAUUGGCUCUCUGGGCCCACAGCAGGGGCACAGUGAGAGCAUUGCCCAGUUCAUUCAGAGGCUUUCCCAGACUAACAACUUGUUUACUCCAGGCACCGGGGAUGCCGUGGGGUUUUUUGGGGACCUGCUGUCCCUGGUGUGUCAGAGUAUUUCCAUGGUAGACAUGGUGCUGCUGCUGCAUGGGAAUGCCCAGCCACUGAGCCGCAUCCAACCCCAGCUCAAUGACUUCUUUAUGGAGCAUUACCUCCAAGGUCGAGAGCCCACUGAUGCAAAUAUUUCUACAGCAGCAGAGGACCUCAUCAAUGGUUUAGAGGAGUACAUAGCCGAGAGCUUUGCCACCGUCACAGUUCGAGAAGGAGUGGACAUCACUCAGACCAACAUGUCCUUCCUCAGACAGCAGUUCACACGAAUAGCAGCACACAUCCUGCGUUGCAGUGAUCAGACAUUUGGUCCCCGUCUUCUGUUGCUGUGCACCCGGGGCCUAUUUGAGUGUCUUGCUCUCAACCUGUACUGCCUCGGUGGGGAGCAGAGAGCGCUGACUGCAGUCAUCAACCACCGCAUCAGGAGGAUGUCCGCUGAAGUCAACCCCAGCCUGGUCAACUGGCUGACCAGCAUGAUGUCCAUGAGACUCCAUGUCAUCUUGGACCACAACCCUGUGACUGAGGACCACAUUCAGCACUACGUCAUUCAUACACAGAUGGAUGACACCUUGUCCCCUGCCCCGGCCACCACGGCAGAGGAGGCCAUGGCUUCAUCAGGGGACAGCUGUGAGGUUGGAGCGUUGCUUGGGGAGACUGCCCCCUCCCGCAUAGUGUCAUCAGGAGAGACGCUAGGCCCCCUCAUACAACAGGGAAGGGAGGAGUCAGCAGCAGAGGUGGAGCCUUGGGCAGCCGACGUGCCGCUGGAGUGGGUGCCCAUCAUCAGGCAUGACCUGCUGUCCCAGAGGAAGAUAAAAGCCCAGCCACCUCUGUCUGACGCCUACCUCCAUGGCAUGCCUGCUAAGAGGAGGAAGACUGUCCAGUGUGAAGGGCCCCACAUGUCGCUUUCCGACGCAGUGAGCCGAGCAGCUCGCAAUGCAGGUGUCAGACCUGUCACGGCUCCAAAUACCCUGCAGGGGGAGCUAGAGAUGCCAGAGUUGCAGGAGGCGUACACAGAACAGGUGAAGAGGGAUAUAAAAGAGAGGGUGAGAGUCGACCCUGACUAUAACUCGGAACGCUUUCCCAACACAAACCGAGCUUUCUCCAUGGAGGACUCGUCAUGAGCUGCCAGUCAUCAGUCACGGCCUGAAGCACUCUCGUCCAAUCAUGUCGCUCCACACACAUCCCAUCUGGGUCGUCUGCAGUCCUUCAACAAACACACGAUGGAAAUGAUGAGUCAAAGCUACACUAUGCAAGUUUGGCACCGUGGCAGUGCUUGUUGGCUGCGAGUGGUACUUUCAGUAUAUACUGUAUGGCAAGGCUGCAGUACGAUACAGUAACGCAGGUCUGAUGCUGAAACAUCUAUUUUUUUGUCUACUGCCAUGUGUUAACCUGUUCAACACAUUAGCGCUUGUCCUUCCUCGUGUGCGAGAGCCCUCUGUGUUUGUUACUGAUAAUGUGGCGAGACCAGACAUAUACAAGGAAUGUGAGAGGGAGGCCUGCUCAUCCCAGACCACUUCAGGUCAGCAGGGAAACUACUCAGUGUGUUGACUCGCCACUGGGUGCAUCUGUUCUGUACACACUCAAGAACACUUCAUUUACAAAUUUGCAUAGUGUAGCUUUAAAUAUGCGUUUAUCAUCCAGUCUUCAUAUCCAGUUCACUCUGUGCACAGCUG